AUUUCCUCGUCUCCGACUCUCUCGCCCUCUUUUCCCUCUCCAAAGUCUCUCUCUCUCUAGAUAUUCUUAUCAAUGCCACCGCCUGGCACCAAUUUCCUAAAACCCACCUCCAUAAAUACCCGCCUCUUCCGUGGCAUCACCACCUUCUCCUCUCUUCUCCACACCUCCUCUUCGGCAUUGUCCCCCUCACCCUCUCUCUCCUCCUCCUCCUCCUCUUCUUCUCCCACUCUAAUCUCCGAAUCCCUUUGUAAUCACAGCACCCUUCAAUUGGGCACUACUAACCCACUUCCGAUCAGAGCCCUUCAUAAUACUACCACUACUCCUACAUCGAGCAACUCGUUGUCCGAGACAAACCCAUCGAGAAGGGAGCCUAAAAUGACGGUCACCGCCACCCCCUGCGUCAAAGACGGCUGCCUGUUGGUGAACGGGAAGGUGGUUUCCACCGGAGUCCCGUCCAACGUCGUUGUUUCCCCGGUGAGCGGCGGGGCGGCUUUUCUGGGUGCGACGUCGUCGGUUCCUAGCUGCCGGCACAGCUUCAGUCUUGGAAUCCUCGAGGAGUUGAGGUUUUUAUCUCUCUUCAGAUUCAAAAUAUGGUGGAUGAUACCACGUGUUGGGAGAUUGGGUAGUGAAAUUCCAAUGGAAACUCAGUUUCUUCUCUUCGAGGCAAAGGAAGAGUCAGCCCUUUGUGAUGAGAACUCAUCUGUGCCAACUACUGAGGAUACAUUCUACAUUCUGUUAUUGCCGGUUUUGGAUGGACCGUUCCGUACAAGUUUACUGGGCACUCCAUCAAAUGAGCUCCAUUUCUGCAUAGAAAGUGGUGAUGCUUUUGUUCAAACCAACCAAUCAAAUCAAUCAAUUUUCGUAAAUUCAGGGCACAAUCCAUUUGAGCUGAUUAAGAAUUCUAUCAAGAUGCUUGAGAGACACAUGGGGACUUUUACUCACAUCGACCACAAGAAGGUCCCUGGACAUUUAGACUGGUUUGGGUGGUGCAGCUGGGAUGCUUUCUACAAGGAUGUCACUCCCCAGGGAGUCAAAGAGGGCAUUGAGAGCUUAUUGGAGGGAGGCGUUCCACCUAAAUUUGUGAUAAUUGAUGACGGAUGGCAAGAGACAGUUAAAGAAUUCCAGAGAGAUGAUGAACCAUUUAUUGAAGGAACAUUCGUUGAAGAAUCAUCCUUUGCAUGGAGGUUGGUUGAUAUUAUUGAGAACAGCAAGUUCAGAGACAAUGAUGCAUGCAGUGAUCUCCAUGAGUUUGUCACAUCCAUCAAAGAGAAAUAUGGACUGAAAUUUGUGUACAUGUGGCAUGCGUUGGUUGGGUAUUGGGGAGGGGUCCUUCCAUCAUCUGAGAAAAUGAAAAAGUACAACCCAAAGAUGGUUUAUCCGAAGCAGUCCCCCGGCAACGUAGGAAAUCUCAGAGAUGUUGCCAUGGACAGCUUGGAGAAAUUUGGAAUUGGGCUUAUUGACCCUGAAAAAGUCUAUGACUUUUACAAUGAUCUCCAUAGGUAUCUUGCAUCCUGUGGUGCAGAUGGAGUUAAGGUGGAUGUUCAAAAUGUGUUAGAAACCUUAGGAUCCGGGCAUGGUGGACGGGUCUUAUUGACUAGAAAAUACCAAUAUUCACUUGAGCAGUCUAUUGUCAAAAACUUCAAAGACAAUAACAUUUUUUGCUGUAUGUGCCACAACACGGACUCCAUUUACAGCUCAAAGCAGAGUGCGGUUGCAAGAGCAUCGGAGGACUUCAUGCCGAGGGAGCCUAUGUUUCAGACCCUACACGUCGCGGCAGUAGCUUUUAAUAGUCUUCUUCUAGGAGAGAUUAUGGUGCCUGAUUGGGACAUGUUCCAUAGCAAACACGAUGCGGCCGAGUUCCAUGCCGCAGCUAGAGCAAUAGGAGGGUGCUCAGUGUAUGUCAGUGACAAACCAGGAAUACAUGACUUCAAGGUACUUACAAAGCUGGUACUGCCAGAUGGCUAUAUUUUAAGAGCUAGACGUGCUGGACGACCUACGCGAGAUUGCUUAUUCAUUGAUCCCGUCAUGGAUGGGAAGAGCUUACUGAAGAUUUGGAACAUGAACAAGUUCUCCGGUAUAAUAGGUGUUUUCAAUUGCCAAGGGGCAGGAAAUUGGCCAUUAAAACAAAGCCCCGACUCAGAGUCUACUCCUUUAGCCAUCUCAGGCCAUGUGAGUCCCCUUGAUGUUGAAUAUCUAGCAGAAGUUGCCGGUGAUAAUUGGAAUGGGGACACUGCUGUAUAUGCAUUUUUUUCAGGAUCUCUUUUGAGAUUACCGCAGAGAGGAAGUAUUGAUGUCUCCUUGGCUACUCUACAGUGUGAAAUAUUCACAAUUUCCCCUGUUAAGGUCUUUAGUCAAGGCAUUCACUUUGCACCACUUGGAUUGAUUGACAUGUACAACUCCGGAGGAGCAAUAGAAGCUCUGAGUAGCAUGUCAGAACCUCCUGGAUGCAAAAUCAAGAUCAAAGCGCGAGGCUGCGGCCGUUUUGGAGCCUACUCCUACUCUGAACCAAGAUACUGUACGGUGGACACGAAGGAGGCGGAAUUUACGUACAACACCGAUGAUGGACUGUUGACUGUUACACUGGGUGAUGAUGACUGCAAUUUUAGAGAGAUUGAAAUUGUCUAUUAAGUUUGAGGUGAAGUGAUUUGAGUUACCUAGGGGAGUUGUAAAUAACUCAAGUUUCAUUCUUGCCCAACAAGAGGAGCCUACCUUUAGGUUGUGAGAAAGAAUGAGAAGAAAUGUACAGCAGUAUAGGUUCUAGAUGAUAACAUCUUACAUGUAUAAUUCUUAUUGUAAGCUUAUGUGGUUCAUAGUCCUUAUGCAGAAUUAUACUCCAAAGAAUUGUUUUUGUUGUUUGGCUUGUA